UGGUGUUGUGUAUGGUAGCGUGUAAUGUGAAACGAAUGAGUUUGAAUGUGUGUAUUUUUAGGAACAAAUGAUGGUGAAGAUCUCCCAUCUGAACUAUUGUCCGCUAUUUUUGAUCGUGUGGAAAAGGUUGGUUUGUACAUAGUUUGUUUAUAUAUUGGAAAUAAAAUCGCGGAGAACAAUGCAUAAUAUAUGUAGUUAAUGCAAUGUUUCUUAAGGCGGUUUUCCACUAGGCGAAAUUUUUCGACCGAAUCGAAAUUUUCUUUUGUCUUACAAGCACUCAGAUAGAACUAAUCAGAAAUCUUUUGAAUUUGAACAAUAGAGAUUUCGGUUCGAUCGAAAAAUUUCGCCUAGUGGAAAACCGCCUUUAAACGUAUUCAUAAUCGUGGUGGAAAUUCCAUUUUUUUUAGAAACAGUUUAAGACUGGUCCAGACAAUCUUGAUGCUAUUUAUAAAUACGAAAAGCAAAUACUUGGCAAGGUUCCGUGGACGGUAAGAUUCGUGUUCUUUUCAUGACGAUCGACUGAUGUGAUGAGUGAUGAAUUUUAGCAGUUUACUAACCAUGUACGUUGGUUAACUAUGAGUAGAUGUGACCGCAUCUCUCCCUCGUUUAACCAAUAGUUUGUAAUUCUCUCCAGACUCUUGCGUUACCACAUCGUCAACUGCGACAAGUCACAACACUUUAUGAAAUUCAACAUGGCGGCAAGAAGAAAGAAAAACCACAUCACAGAGUCGUGUUCCUCUUCAAUGACAUGAUUGUGGUGAGUUGUGUUGUAUUGAAGUUUGUAAUGAUAUCAUGAUGAUAAAUUUUCGCUUCCCCACCAACCACAGUCGUUAUGGUCAAAGGUAUUGCUUGGAAGUCGGGCAUAAUGAACCAUGCUUUAAAUAGGGGUGCAUGACGAUCACUUUCUAUCACAACAGCACUUUCAUGUUGCUGACUGAUGACAUCAUUCCUCGAGCCGUAGUUGUAUUUUGCAAGUCCAAGUCGAGUUACAAGUCAUUUACUGUCAAAUCAAAUCCCAAGUCAUCUGUGACCAAGCCAGUUAUUCUGCACUGUUCUUUUUGCCAUAAACUGGGGGGUCACCCAUGUCAAUCAUGAUAUACGAUAUAUUACAAGCUGUCAGUCAUUUCUUGCAAUUUUAAGUCACAAGUCAUUUUGUCAGUGACCAUGUUAUGUCGCCAGUUAUUCUGUACAGUUCUUUUUACCAUAACCUGGGGAGUCACCCAUGUCAGUCAUACAGUAUCAUACUUUAUAUAAUAACUACAGUGAAACACGCAAUUUGAUUGGUCAAUAGCCGUACAGGAUCAGGCUAUCCUGCACGAGGAAUUAAAAUGCCUUCGCGGGAUUUUCGCGGGAUUCUCGAAAUGUCAUUGUUUCACUGUAGUUAUUUUAUAGAACAAUUGCCAAAUGGUUUUCCAAGCAGGAUAGCGUGAUCCAUGCACUUGGGAUGUAGCUCGACUUUCGGAAAGCGUACAAAUACAGUACACUCACCUGCGGCUCGAGUAUUUUUACGCUUUUCGAAAGUCUCGCGACAUCCCUCGUGCAUGGAUCACGCAAUCCUGCACGGAAAACCAUUCGGUAUUCCUUUAAUACAUUACAAGCUCUCAGUCAUUUCUUGCAAUUCCAAGUCAAGUCACAAGUCAUUUUGUCAGUGACCAAGUCAAGUCGCCAGUCAUUCUGUACAGUUCUUUUUACCAUAACCUGGUGGGGAGUCACCCAUGUCAGUCAUAAUAUACUAUACCUGGUGGGGAGUCACCCAUGUCAGUCAUAACAUACUAUACCUGGUGGGGAGUUACCAUAGAAAUAUUAGACCUAGAAAUAUUAGACCUAGAAUGCGUGCUUGGUCACGUGACCGGUGUCCAAAUUGAAAACAAAAAUGCCCUUAUAAAUCCGCCAUGUUGAAUUUGCGUAGGAAUGCAAACUACAAAGUGCUGUAUAAACAAAGCUAAAACUAUAAAGUUUUCAUCGUCAAAACGUUUUGUGUUUGUAGUUUGGGGAUAGAAUUUGAAAUAUUAAGUUCUUUAAACGCUCAAAGCAGAUGUGCCGUUACAAAAACGGUGAAAAUCGUGCAGCCUUGUAUAAAAAACAAGUAGUUUUUUCGUGUAGUUUCGCGUAUAAAAUAUAAUUUCUCAUAAAACAUUUUUGCAUGCUCUGAACGUAACUGUUUUGCUAAUACUUCAUGGAAUUACGAAAUGAUAGUUCAUUCUUCGUCGGGUUUCGUUUUUCUUCAAUCUAAACGAAGUGUUUUCAUGUUUUUGAAACAAAAAUAUUUAGUUGUCGAUAUUAAAACUGUAAAUCGCCUAAAUGAUCGUCGAAAACAUAUGGUUUCAAAAGCGUUGCCUCAAGCUCAAGCAAUUACGCAUAGAAAAAUAUAAAAAGUAGUUGUGUAAGUUUAGAAAGAUUAUUGAACUCCAUUUAUAUUAUAAAACAGUUGAAAUAUAUUUUUUAUUAAAAACAUACCUAUUGAGUUUGAGUUUGUCUUGAUUUUUCGUGUUUUGUUUUGGCUUGCACAACAACGUUGAAAAUGUAUUUUCAAACGAUUUCUGUAUAUAUUCUGUUCAGAACUAUUGGUUUUCGUAAAAAAACCCACGGGAAUGGGUUUUUCUCCAUUAAAAACACUUUUUUCCCACUUCAAGUCUCGAUAUAAUUGUUUUUGCAAACUUUGUCGAAAAAAACAAUUCGCACUCCCGGCAACCGCGCGAAAAUCCUUGCCGCAGGAGUCUGGGACUAGCCAAAAUGCCCUUAUAAAUCCGCCAUUUUGUGGAGACAAAAUUUUUACUGAGAAGAGAUAGGAGCACGCAUUCUAUGACUAUUAUUUCUAUGGGAACAUUACACCGUUACACCAUAUAAGAUAUCUAUGCGUUACACAGUUAAACCAUGCACAUGACGAAAAUCGGACGUUAGCAUGCGAAAAUAUGGUCUCGUCUCCAAAAACGAUUGUCAGAUGAUUUCUUCAAUUACGCCACAAUCAUUCCUGAAAACAUCGUAAGGCACGUUUUAUAAAUCACAAAGCCACAAUAACUGCGUAUCCGCGUAUCCACUGCGCAAAAUAUAGAGCAACCUAUAGCAUGACACUUUGAUCUAUUAAUGCUAACUAACUGGAUGCCUCGUCCUCAAAAUAACGACUCGACCGCGUAUGACCAUCCACGUAUCCCCGUAUUAUUUUAGUGGUCCACUAAAAUAUAGAGCUACCUAUAGCAUGACACUUUGAUCUAUUAAUGACUAACUGCAUGCCUCGAUCGUUCUACAAAUAACGACUUGACUGCAUGCGUAUCCGCGUAUCGACUGAAAUAUAGAGCUACCUUAACCGUAUGAUAAUUUAAAUUAAUUUAUUAAUGCUAAGUCACUGAAUGCCUCGUGGCUACUUUUACCACCAUGGGAUUUCAUCUAUUAAUCUAUUUAUUAUUAAUAUAUUGAGAAUAAAUAUAGAGGUAUUAAUACAUCGUAUCCAUGAUGUUUGAAAGGCAUAUAUUAUAAAAUGGACGGGUAUUCUGCAAUCGCUCCGGAAGAUACUGCAAUGUUUGUUCAGAAUUAUGGAAUCAAACAGAAUAAAACUUACAAAGAGUUACACAUAUGCAAGCAAAGAAAAGAGUUAAAAAGCAAAGAAAAG